AUGAGAUCGACCGUCUAUAAAGCAACUGCGACAACGACGGGGACGGGCUUACUGGAGCCUAGCCCGAAGGAAGAGGAGGAGCUGCCACCGCAUCUUCACCAGCCUCCGCCUCUCCGGCACAACCAGAUUCCCGUGGCUGCAGCGGCAACAGGCCCCAAGGCCCGGUCUAUCGUUCCGGUAGCCGCGGCUCCCGGAAAACAGGAAGAUGGCGACAGUGGCUGCUGUUGGGGUGGCCUAGUGCCCUCGCCGUGCCCGAAAGGCAGUACUCGGCAAGCGGGCGUGGGCGAUGCCGCCGGUAGCUCCCGCCCCUCCAAGUACCAGGCAGUGCUACCCGGACAUACCGCGGACUCCCACACCGGGCCUGGAGGAGCUCCAGCGUCUGUCUCGCUGCCGCCGCUACCGUCGUCGAUUUCCGCUACGGUCGAACCCGGGCAGCCUCCUCCACCCCCAGCAGUGGCAGCGGUGGGUUCUCCGGUUUCAUCGGAAGCCAGCGGCAAGUGGAAAAGUGCUAGUAGUAGCAACAACACCGGGAGUGGCGGCGGGAGCAGCCUUCGGAAGAGCCCCAUGGGGGCCGGUGGGGGCAACUCCAGCCAGGCGGCCUGCCUCAGGCAGAUCAUGCUGCUCCAGUUGGACCUUAUCGAGCAGCAGCAGCAACAGUUGCAGGCCAAGGAAAAGGAGAUCGAAGAACUCAAAGCCGAGAGGGACACACUCCUUGCUCGAAUUGAACGCAUGGAAAGGAGGAUGCAACUGGUGAAGAAGGACGAGCAUGAGAAAUGCAAAAUAUUUGAAGGGUAUGAAAGAGAGAAGGUUGACCCUGAAGUGCCAGAGAAGCUGCCUAUAGAAUGCCCAUCACAAGAACUCCUGGAGACCUCUCAGCUGCGGCCUUUGAAACAUUUCCCAUAUGGAAGGAAUGGAAAGGGGCACAAACGAAAAUCUGUGUUUGGAAGUGCCGAGAGGAAAACACCAGUGAAGAAGCUGGUAGCUGAAUUCUCAAAAGUCAAUUGUAAAAUGCCAAAGGUGUCUGCAUUAAAGGAGGAACCCAGUAGUUCUUUAACUGAGUCAAUAAGCAGACGUGAACUGCGAAGUCAGGAGACUCCAGAGAAAACUCGAUUAUUGGUGGACACACAAUUGAAGUCUCCAACUCCGUUGAAAGGACCUGUGUGCCAUUCAAAGGACAAAGGCUCCUGCAGUGAAAUAGAAGAUUUGCCGUAUCUUUCCACCACUGAAAUGUACUUGUGUUGCUGGCACCAGCCACCCCCUUCACUGUUGCGAGAGCCUUCUCCCAAGAAGGAGGAGACUGUAGCAAUUCCAUCAUGGAGGGACCACACAGUAGAGCCCCUGAGAGAUCUGAAUUCAUCUGAACUUUUAGAGAACUUAGAAGACAACGUCUUCUGCAAACGACAUGCAAAGUUGGAGUUGGAUGAGAAAAGGAGGAAAAGGUGGGAUAUUCAGCGUAUCCGGGAACAAAGAAUCUUGCAACGAUUGCAACUUAGAAUGUAUAAAAAAAAAGGAAUUCAGGAAUCUGAGCCUGAAGUUGCCUCAUUUUUUCCAGAGUCAGAUGAUGUUGAAAGUUUGCUGAUCACACCAUAUUUGCCUGUUGUAGCAUUUGGGCGACCAUUACCAAAAUUAACCCCACAGAACUUUGAACUGCCAUGGCUGGAUGAACGAAGUCGUUGCCGGCUAGAGAUGCAGAAGAAACAGACACCUCAUCGAACGUGCAGGAAAUAA